AUGUGGCGGGACUACCUGAACCUGUCCAAGGUGCUUGGGGAAAUCAUUGAGGAACACAGAAGGGGAUCCAGGCGUCUGCUCCCCUGCGAGACCCCAGACUUCUGCCUCCCUGUGGAUCCUCUUCACAUGACCCUGGAGGACACUUUGGUCCUGAAACCAUCGGGUUGGAGCAGGAGCAACAGUAGCAGCGCUCCGACGCCCGGCAGACUCAUAUGCAACUUCUGCCGGCACAACGGGGAGUCCAAGAAGGUCUACUCCUCCCACCCGCUGAAGCAAGCCGACGGCACCGUGCUGUGUCCCAUACUGCGCAACUACGUCUGCCCGGUGUGCGGGGCCACGGGCGACAGGGCCCAUACGCUGAAAUACUGCCCGCAGAAUCAAGAGAAGCAGUCCCUCUACUGCAAACGCGGGCGCAACUCGGCCGGCUUCGUCGUGCGCCGGUGAACGGCAGGGGAAGACACCUUCCCCGCCCUGGGACAAAAACACGGGACCUUUCCCCAGGGAGGCGCCCGAAGGUGCUUGGAACGGAAAUUUUCGGUUUCUGCUGUUUGUUUCGGAGUUUGCAUUUCAAGUCCAGGGUGGAACUAACGUGUCCAGAGUCACCCUCAUUUCUUUA